GCAAAUUUGAUGAAUUUAUUGAACUUUUUAUUUCUGAGAUGAAACAAAUAGAGAAAGGAAAGAUAAUGGAUGUAGAAAGAAGUGAAAGUCUUGUAAUUGCAAGCCUUGGGGACGUAAUAGCAGAUUUGCACAAGGCAAUGAUCUGGCUGGAGUUAAAUGACAUGGUGCUACAAGAGGAUGUUAUACUUGUAAUACAACAAAAGAUUCUUAGACAUCAGACAAUAUCAAUUUCAGCACCAACAAUUACUAGAUGUAAGGAAAUUGCCGCAGAAUAUGGAUUGCGUAUCAAAUCUUUAAUACUUGAUGAAUUAAAAAGAGAAAAAUAUCUCCAAUCACCACAUGAUAUAUAUCACGUUAUAGCUAGCAAAGUAUUAAGAUUUCUUAAAAUUACAAUCAAUACACUUUCUUCAGAGGAAAAAUUGGCAUUUAUCGUAGUUUGGAAGUCAUUCGAUUAUCCAAAAAACUGGCAAAAAUUGCCAAAUCCAAUCUCUCACAUUGAUAGUUUCAUGAUGUCAGACUGUUUACAAUUGGCUAUGAUAGUUCCUUUUAUUUUUAAUAGGCUCUUAAAGCCUCAACAUUUUAAAAAAACUGAUCUUACUUUGUUUCAACAACAAAUAGAACUUUCACGAAAUGAUUUGGCUAUGAAACAUUGGUUAAAAUAUUGGAUAUUGGUGGCAAAAACAAUGUCUAUAGCCUUCAAGCAUUUAUUUUUGGAAGGUGAUUAUAUUAAGCACGUGAAUGCUUAG